UAACAUUUUGUUUGAUUCUCCUUACUGUAUUGACAUCUUUUAUAGCAGUUAUAUCUUUCAUGCGAAUUCCAAUAAGCUCGCGCGCGGAACAACAUUCUCAUGUUGCUGCUGAACGGCGCAGUAUUCUCAGGUCUCGCGAGAACACCGCGCCGACGAGACUUUGAGUAGCGAGGAGAAGUUUUGUUGCACAGAAGAGCGACCUGUCCGUGAGUGUCUGUUUGUCAACCGUCAGUCGGAGAUUUCUCACAUCCUGAUCCGUUUACGACUGUCUCAACGCUUAUAAUAGCGAUUUAAUAACUGGAUAACCCCGCAGAUAGAUAUGAGCUUUCUAUUCAGUAGUCGCUCAUCGAAGACUUUCAAGCCGAAGAAGAACAUUCCGGAGGGCUCGCAUCAGUAUGAGUUGCUGAAGCAUGCCGAGGCGACGCUGGGCAGCGGCAACCUGCGUAUGGCUGUCAUGCUCCCAGAUGGAGAAGACCUCAAUGAAUGGGUGGCAGUAAACACUGUGGACUUCUUUAAUCAGAUCAACAUGCUGUAUGGGACCAUCACUGAUUUCUGCACCGAAGAAAGCUGCCCUCUAAUGUCUGCUGGGCCGAAGUAUGAAUACCAUUGGGCUGAUGGGACCAACAUUAAAAAGCCAAUCAAAUGCUCUGCUCCAAAGUACAUUGAUUACCUGAUGACCUGGGUUCAGGAUCAGCUUGAUGAUGAAACACUUUUCCCUUCAAAAAUAGGAGUCCCUUUCCCAAAGAACUUCAUGUCGGUCGCGAAGACGAUCCUGAAGCGGCUGUUCCGUGUCUACGCCCACAUCUACCACCAGCACUUUGACUCGGUCAUCCAACUGCAGGAGGAGGCUCAUCUCAACACCUCCUUCAAACACUUCAUCUUCUUCGUUCAGGAGUUCAACUUGAUUGACAGGAAAGAGCUAGCGCCUCUUCAGGAGCUGAUUGAGAAGCUGACCUCUAAAGACAGAUAGACUAAGUGAAUCGCUGUUUUAUCCCUCUCCCCUAAUUACUGUGCACAGCAGCCUGGUUUUGUUUUCUCUGUCGUUUUACAGGUUUGUGGGACUGGCUCCUGGAUUAGUCUUUUACAUGGUUUUAACUUAGGUGGCGAUUACUCCUUGUGUUUCUAAUGUCUGUGUGACCUCUUCUCUAAAAAGUUGAUCGUAUCUACGUAAGUGCCUGGCGUAUGUCCACCUGCAAAUGGUAACUGUUCUGUGAAAAAGCACCACCUGUCUCCAUAGCACGAACUUUCCCCCAAAUCCGCUUUUGGGGUUUUCUUUGUAACUUACUGAAUGAAGCAUGUAGACACUUUGGUAAGAUAUAAAGCCAGUAAAAUACACUUCAUUUCUGUUUAUAUUAUUACAGCUGGAGAUUUGUCAUGUUUUCUUUUUUUUUCUUCUUUUAAAAAAAAAAAAAGUAUAAAAGCAUCACCUGUCUCCAUAGUGCUAAAUUCAAAAUCAGGUUUUGGGUUUUUUCUUUCUAACUUAGCAAAUGAAGCAUGUAAACACUUUGGUAAGAGAUAAAGCGUCCCAAUUGGCAUACUUAUACUAUGUACACAAAGUAUGUACUCUUUUUGUGAAGAAAAAGUACAUACUUUUGAGUGUGUAUUAAGAGUAUGCAUGUACUGGGACAUACUAACACAUCGUGUAAUGGAAGAGGGCGUUGUUGCCCGGACGAGAGCACUGACAUCAUAAACAUCAUCAACCUCUGGUUGCAUUUCAGCUUUUCUUCCUUCAUUAUUCCUUAUCAUUUACACUAUAGAAUUAUAUUUAGCAUUCCUUUGAUUUAAAUUUCCACAUUUCAUUUACACCUCUUUAAAAUGCAUCCUUGAAUUCGGCAAAGCACAAGGAGUCGCGGGCAACUUUAGCUUCUGUGUGGAUCUGUGGACAGAUCUACUGGGAAUAGUAGACCCAUCUGAGUACCUUUUGGGAUACUCAUUUCAACAUUUGGGACACACUAAUUCUGAUCUCAGAUACCAUUUAGGAUGGAUAGUAUACCAGUUGGGACGCAGGGCUCAUUUCUCUUGAUAUUAUUACAGCUGGAGAUUUGUGGUGUUUUGGGUUUUGGGUUUUUUGUCUGUUUGUUUUUGUUUUUUUGUGUAACUUACAGAAUUAAGCAUGUAGACACUUUGGUAAGAGAUAAAGCCAGUAAAUACACCUCAUUUCUGUUGAUAUAAUUAUAGCUGGAGAUGUUUGUUUUGUUGCAACACCCACCAAACCCCCCCCCCCCUUUUUUUUUUUUAGUAACAUACAUUAUUUCUCCUGGUCACAAAAUAGCUCUCAAUCUUUUGCACUGAGUCUGCAGUCACCUGACAUGACUUUUGUACCAAUAGAGUAAUUCAGUAGUUAAAUGAAUAGUAAUAUUGAUUGUACCUAUAGGUUCUUAUAAAGGUGGGUCUUUCAUUUUAUGAUGGGAAGGGAAUAGGGUAAUGAUUACUAUGCAAUGUCCAUGUUUCUUUCUUUCAGAUUUUCUUCUUUCCAUAGGCAAGGCUUGUAAACCCCAGAGCUAGUGCCAAUAUCUAACCCACUACAGUGUAAGUAAAAAUUAAGCAGCUGAAAACCAGAGAAAAAUCUGUCAUGUUUUUUUUUUUUUUUUUUUAAUUGUUAUUAUUCAUGUGUUUAUUUUCUCCUACUUUUCCCCCCUCACUUUAUUACUGCAAGUUUGUCAGGUUCUUUGUCUAGAUCUAAAUAAAUGUAAAACAGAGCAAAACAUGGAGUAAGCUUAUAAAUGGAGUGAAAUAAUCCUAGUGUGAUAAUUGUACACAUGAAUGACAGGGUUGUGGUAUCUAAUGUGUAAUCCUAGGAAUACUCUAAUAUUGAUCUAAUAUUGGUUGCCGUUUUGUUGUUUGCACUUUGAAUUAUUAGCAUAACGAGAGGUUUUAUUCCACUACAGUUGCAUCUUCCGAAAUUGGUUAUUGUUGAGACAUGCUGCAAACGUUGCAAAAUUUAUUGACAGUCAUUCCCUUACUGCUAGAUAAUAAAACAUUGCUUGGUUUUAAGUCUGAUUCACUUGAUGAAUAUUAACAGGAUGUUGUAAUAGAUAUAAUUGCUUGGCCUUUUCUCAAGACCAUUUUUCAGAAUAACAUUAGCAUUUCCUUUCAGCCAUGAUAGAAUACACUGUAUUGUUAUUUCUGAGGAACUUGUAAAUAAUGUACACACACACAAGGUAUGCAGUGGAAAUGAGAGAAAAAUGUGUAACUCGCAAGACUUUUGUGGUACAAUAUUGAAUGCUGUUUAUAGUGUAAUAAAAUGUUUGAGCAAGA